GUCCUCUCCUCCCGCCCCCCUUCUUAUCUCUCUCGAAAGCCCCCCCCCCCACAUCUCUCCCACAAUACCCACACACACAAGCCGAACGCAUCUCCCUCUCUCUCUCUCCUUCUCUCGCUCGCCUCAACCCUAGAUACAGGUCUCACCAUGAAGGGGGGCAAAUCCAAGGCAAAAGCCGACAACAAGCUCGCCGUGAAGAAGAAUGCCCCCGCGGUGAAGAAAUCUGCGAAAGCUACUAAAGCUGCUAAGGAUCCGAACAAGCCGAAGAGGCCUUCCAGUGCUUUUUUCGUCUUCAUGGAGGACUUCCGCAAAUCCUACAAGAGUAAGAAUCCGAACAACAAGGCCGUUUCAGAAGUUGGUAAAGCCGGAGGUGCAAAAUGGAAACAACUUUCAGACGCCGAAAAAGCUCCUUAUGUGGCGGAGGCUGAGAAAAGGAAGAAGAAAUAUGAGAAGGACAUAAAAGAGUAUGAUAGAAGACAGGCUGAGGGUCCUGCAGAGGAGGACGAGGAAUCUGACAAGUCAAAGUCAGAGGUGAACGACGAAGACGGAGAUGAUGAUGAUGAUGAGAGUGGCGAGGAUGAGGACUCUGAUUAAAAGUACCCAGAAGAUUUGGUGAUUGGCAUCUUUGUGGUCCAUGAUGAUGAUGAUGUGUUCUAAAGUAUUUAGUGCUUCUUAGUUAAACUUUUCCUGAUUUUGUUUCUGGGAGGAAGGAGGGUUAGGUGGGGGGAAGGGGAGGAAGGGAAGGGAAAGGGUUUACUCUUUCUAGUGAAGUGAGCUCUUGGGUAAAUCCAUUGCUCCAAUGUACCUUAUUAUGAUAUUGAUGCUGAUUACGUUUUUAAUCCAUUUUUAUGCAUUUUAAUGAUAAUACAUGUGUUCGUGUAUC